AUGUCCUGCCGAUCUUACCACGUUAGUUCAAGGGGUGGUGGUGCAGUCAGGAAUUACAGUUCAUCCUCAGCUGUUUUCCCAAGGAACGUGAAACGCUACAGUGCUGUCAGCACAGUCUCAUACAAAGGGGGCAGCAAUGUUGGUGCUAAGGCAUUAGGCUUUGGGAGCAGAAGUCUUAGUGGUGUUGCAUCCUGCCGGCCCAGAAUUGCAAUUGGUACCUACCGCCCCGUGAAAUAUGGAUACAGUUUGGUGGGCCCCAGUCUUGGCUAUGGUAUGUCCAGCUUUGGCUACAGGGUUGGUGGAGUAAGUGGGUCUUGCCAAGCUGGCAUUGCCCCAGUCACUGUCAACCCACACCUACUCCAGCCUCUCAACCUAGACAUUGACCCCAACGUCCAAUUGGUGAAGCAACAGGAGAAAGAACAACUGAAGACCCUCAACAACAAAUUUGCAUCGUUCAUUGACAAGGUCCGGUUCUUGGAACAGCAAAACAAGGUGCUAGAGACAAAAUGGAGCUUAUUGCAAGAGCAGAAGCGGGUCAAGAGCAACAUGGAGCCCAUGUUUGAUGGCUUGAUCCAUAAACUAAAGAAACAGCUUGAGACCCUGGCAUGUGACCGCAGUAAGCUGGAGUCAGACCUGACCAACUCAAGGGACAUAUUGGAAGAUUACAGGAGAAAGUACGAAGAGGAAUGCAAUCGGCGAACAGGUGCUGAGAAUGAGUUUGUAACACUGAAAAAAGAUGUUGACGGCAUAUACAUGAACAAGGCUGACCUGGAAGGCAAAGUAGAAAGCUUAAUGGAAGAGAUCAGUUUUCUGAGGUGUUUACAUGACAUGGAACUGCAGGAACUGCACUCCUGCAUCUCAGAUACCUCAGUUAUUGUGCAAAUGGAUAACAGCCGAGAUCUGGAUUUGGAUAGCAUCAUUGCUGAGGUCAAAGCCCAGUAUGAAGACAUUGCAAACAAGAGCCGCUAUGAGGCAGAGUCAUGGUACCAGUGCAAGUAUGAAGAGAUGAGGGCAACAGCUGGCAAACAUAGUGACCACCUACGUGACACCAAGAAUGAGAUCAUGGAGUUGAACCGUGUGAUUCAGAGACUGAAGACUGAAAUUGACGGCGCCAAAGGCCAGCGUAACAAGAUGGAGGCUGCCAUCGCAGAAGCUGAGGAGCGAGGAGAAAUGGCUCUCAAAGAUGCCAAGUGCAAGCUGACAGAGCUGGAAGAUGCCCUCAUAAAAGCCAAGGCAGACAUGGCCCGCCAGCUGCGGGAGUACCAGGAGCUGAUGAAUGUCAAGCUGGCCUUGGACAUUGAGAUCGCCACUUAUAGGAAGAUGCUGGAAGGAGAGGAGAGCAGGUUGUGUGCUGAUUCCUGUCCAGUAAACAUCUCUGUCUGUCGGACCCAGGGUGGACUGAUGUGUGAUCCCGACCCUUGUAUUGGAGGAGGAUAUGCUUCUAGUAGCAGGAGCUUUGUCAGAGGCGGAGGGAUUGUGAGCAGUAGCGGAGGUGGAAUGUGUAGCCCCGGCAUUGGGAGAAAAAUCUCCUCAACCAGUGGCACUGAGCUAGGGGGCCCUUGUCUGUCUGUUGGAGGAUACAGCGCUGGAAGCACAAAAAGCUCUAACGUCAAGUUUGUGUCCACUUCCACUUCCUUUAGAACAAAAUAUUAA